UGGUACCUAGGUGGUUGAUUAGCGUCCAUUUGUGUUUGUGUUUUGAAGGGAAAAGUUCUUGUUUCUCUCUUUCUUGCUUAAAAUUCCCUAAAAAUCCACCAUGACUAGCAUCCUUGAUAAAUCCCUCGAUGAGAUCAUAAAAGAAGAGAAGAAAGCAAAACGAAAAGAAAUGUUAAAGAAAAAGAAACAACAACAGGGUAAAAAUAUAAUAAAAAAACAAGGUCAACUAGGCAUAAAACGCCAGGGAAAUGCUGCUAAAGGACCAGGACCUGCAAGGAAAGGCCAGGGACAACCUGGAAAAAACCAAAGACAACUUGGAAACAGAGGUAUGAUGAAAAAUCAAGGAGGGAAUCGACAACGAUCAAAUCAGCAACAAGGAGCAUCAAAUCAACAACAAGCAUCAAAUCAACAACGAGGGGCAUCAAAUCAGCAACGAGGAUCAUUGAAUAAAUUUAGAGGAGGAAAGCCCAAAGUUCUGGCCAACAAAUUAAAGAGCAGACAAGCUCUUAAUAAUGCUGGCAAGCAAAUGCUAAAUAGAGUGAAAAAAGCACAAGGAAAACGACAAAACCAGAACCGACAGAACCAACAGAUGAGACAAAAAGAUGCUCGACAAAAUAUCCUUGACAGAAGAAGAGGAAUCCAGACUUCAAAUCAAGUACAAGGCAACAGAGGUGGAAAAGUUAAUGCAGUAAGAAAUAAAAACAGACAAACAUCGAAUCAGCCUCAACGUCAGAAUCAAAACAAGCGUCAGAGAAACAGACAACAAAAGAAUCCUGGUCCAAUCAAGGAACUAAGAGUAUCAGUUGCCAAUCAAGUCCGCCAACAACCACAAAACAGGGUACAACAACCAAAGAAGAAAUUCAACAUCAAUAGAGCAACCUUUGCAAGUGGAAGGACUGGGACGACCCUCAAUGAUCGCUUCAGUGGAAGAAAAGUUUCAUUCUAGUGGAACUCCUUGAUACUUUAAGAUUUGAUUUUAUUCUAUAUUUUAUUAUUUUGAGAAUUCUUUAUUAAGAAAUUUUGUGUUCCUUUAAUCAUUAAAUAUUAAGGAUUUGAAACUUUUAGUCUUUUUCACAUCCGGUUUUAAGCUUCAUCAUGCCAUGUGAUCCCAUGAUGUUAACACACUAAAAUGGAAUAGACCUCUUUGCCCUGACGUAAUGUUUUCCCAUUUCAGACCACAUGUCAUUCCCUAGAGUAUCAUUUCUUUGUUUAAGGUUUGCUCUCGGCUGCACAUGAGCAGACACAUGAAUAUGGAUACAUCUCAAACAAAGGAUCUUAUUCUCAAGGGAAUGACAUGUGGUCUGAAAUGGGAAAACAUUACCCCAGCCGAAGGUGUCUAUUGAAACUAACAGUUUAAUUAAAAAUUAUUCUAUCAUACAUUUAGAGUACAAACACUUUAUAUAUUCAUGACACAGUAGUAUACAGCAGUAUUUUGUACUAGAGUCAUUUUACUUGGCCCAUGAAAUAAAGUCGUAUGAUUAGUGACCAACAGUCAAAGUAAAACAAAAGAAAAGAAAGAAUUAUUGUCUACUACUAGGUAUUAUGCUUACUUUUCUUCACGGGAAAGUAAAAUCACUCUACAUACGCGACCAGUUCUAUUUAGUACUAAAUACCAGUGAUAAAAAACCAUAGGCAUUGCACUAUUUUGUACUAUUUAAUGCAAAAAUUAAAUUUACUGCUAUAUAAUGUAAUCUUGAUGGCUCAGUUUUGAAAGUUAUUAAAGAGUUUUUAAUGUAAAUAAUAAAUGACCAGUUUAUGGA